AUGAUGGCCAUCCUGUCCAUGCUUCUUCCUCUUUAAUGAGAUGUUGUAUGGUUUUUUUACUUGUACGAUUUUGGUUGGAACACUAGAAAGACAAAAUAUGUUCUCCUUCCUCUUUCAUCAGUUUCUGCUUUUGGCAAUAUCACAGAAUCUAGCACAAUUUCAAGACCCUCUCCAUGACUCGGAGACUUUAGAGGGAGGGAGUGAGUCGUCGUCUAUUAGAUAAGCGUAAAAAAAGAAAAACAAAAGGAGAGAUAUAUAUAUAUGUGAAUGUCCUGCGAAAUUUACAACACCCGGCACCCCCAUCCGUCCGUCCGUCGUCGUCGUUGACGGUUGACCCCUUUUCCGCCAUAAAAUCCGUUUCUGCCAUUUUUUUUGGGUUGCAUCGAAACCAUCCUUGUUUGCUUGGGAGAGAUGAAGACUUCCUCCUCCUAGGUGUUUUUGAAGAUCCUGGCGUCUUUCUCUCCUAGACCUCAAAGUUACCACCUUUGGAUCUGAUGGAAUCACAAUCUCAGAGAUCUUCUGAUGACAUGGAUAGGGAUAGCAAUUCAAUCCCAUCUUCGGCGUGUAAUCUAUGCGGAAGAGUUGUUCAAUCUGCCUCCGAUGAUCUUGAAAUCUUUAGCUUAUGUGUAGAUUGUAAGUUUUUGUUGCUUGAAGAUUUCGGCACCCCUGCCCCUCCCCCCCUGCCCCGGAGGCAGACUCCUAGUAGUAGUAGUAGAAGAAGAAGGAGGAGGGUGAUGAUGAGAAGGACAAGUAGAACUAGGCACGACAGCUCUGAGUCUGUCGGUGAUCUUUCCACCCAACAACAAUUCACACACUUGAUAAGCAUCGCAAGACAAAGCCUUUCAACUGUUCAUGCUAGUGAUGACCAGCGAACUAGCUCCCAUACCACUGCUACCGGUUCGACUAGAUGGCCACUUUUCUCAGAAUCUGAAAGUGAAGAUUUUGGCAACUUUGGCGAAACCGAUUCAAACGCUAGUUUUAGCCUCUACAGAUUUUCCCAUGGUGGUGAUAAUAAUGAUGCCAUUUCUUUUAGUGCUUACGGUGGUGGGGAGUCUGAUGAUGCUUCCACGGACAGGCAUCCGGAAAUCUUUGUUCCACCAGACGACAGGAGCGAUAUUGACUUUGACACUGAUAUAGACCCGAUGCAUGCUGGUCUUAACCAGUGGAACUCUGACGAAGACGACAGGGAAUGGGACCAAGGAGCGGGUCCAUCUCGAACACGGUACCGAAAUUAUUUGGCAAGUCCAAGUGAGAGCUACAGCUCCAUGACUCGGUUUGAUUCACCUGAGUUGGAGAGAGGGUUUCGUCAAAGAAUUCUAGAGAGGAGGCAGGCGCUAUCUCGCAACAUCUUCACUGGUUUGGAGGAUAUGGAGUUCUCCCCUUAUGCUGCAAAUGUUGAUGAUUAUCUUGAUGAGAGGGGCUUUGAGGAACUGCUUGAGCAACUUGCCGACGCUGACAAUUCCAGAAGAGGUGCACCACCUGCAUCGGUGACUUGCGUCAGGAAUCUUCCAAAGGUUGUCAUUGCAGAGGAGCAUGUAAACAAGGGACUAGUCUGUGCUAUCUGCAAAGAGCUUUUCACCCUCCGCAAUGAAACCACGCAGCUUCCGUGUCUACAUCUAUACCAUGCUCAUUGUAUCGUACCUUGGUUGAAUGCCCGUAACUCUUGUCCGCUCUGCCGUUACGAGCUCCCAACAGAUGAUAAAGAUUACGAGGAGGGAAGGCAGAAUGUACUGGAUGUGAGCGAGGAUAGCUCCUCCUCUGAUGCUGGCACAGACGCGGGAGAAGAGGAAUAUGUUGAGAGCGAGCCUGGUGUGAGCAGAGUUAGCAGAGGAAGAUGGCUGUUUCUGGCUGCUGCGCCAGUGGUGGGUCUGGUGGGCGUUGUGUUGGCAAUGUGGCUAAGCAACCCACAGAGGAGAGAUAUAGCAGUCUCUCAUAGCCAAAGGGGGAACAGAACCAGAAGAUGGCUGCCAUUUUUCUGACUGAUACCCACUUCCCUUGUAACUCUAGAAUCUCUCAGACCCUAAAAGAUACUUGAGUUUUUUUAUCUGCUGGUUAUUGACUUCUAUUGUUUCCACAUGUUAGUUUAAUUGAAGUUUAACCAAAGUUGUGCUGUGUGUCGUGUGUUUCAAAUAAAUAUUACUUGAUAUA